AUGAAGAAGAAAAAAACGAAUGCCAUUGUUUGUGAACCUAAAGAACUGAAUCCCUCUCCCAAAGUAACAAAUUGUUGCAAAUCGCCGCGUGUGAAAUACAGUUUUCAGAAGGAAUGCGUGACCAGACUUGCCAGCAGCCAGCCACUUGCAGCCAUGUCAAGGAACCCAGAUCACAAUUCACCUUCUCAGCCCAAGGAAAAUAGCCUUGGCCAGAACCGUCACCAGGAGGAAACGAUCCACCAGUUGGCCAUGCAGCUGAAGAACAUUGGAGACAGCGUUGAUCAUUGGGUGGCUCAAGAGAAUCUUCAGGGGGAAGGCAGAGAGGCGCUGGCUCCCUUUGUGGUGGUUUUCCACGCGGGAGGCCACGCGCUGCUGCGCUUUCUCUGGAACAACCACUGGCUGUAA